GUUAUAGUCUGAACAGGAAUAGUGACAUGAUAUACUUCCACUUACAUAUGUAUUUGUCAAAGUCAGGUAUCAAUGACAAUAACCGGGGAAGCGACAUAGUCCGACACCGCCAUGGAAACUGCAUUUUCUCGUUUACCUCCUGUGCAAGUGAUGCAAUAUCGGCCUACUGCCACUGCAUUACCCUCCCUUCUUCCUCUUUUCAAGGUCCCCUUCUCUUCCACCAAGCUACAGUCUACCAACCAAAUACCUCUUCACUUCAUAGUUUUGAUUAUAACACAGGCAUUUGUUUUGAUCUAAUACAGCUCUACAGAGAAGAAACGCAACUCAGCUCAAUCACCCAUUACUGAUUUUGAAAUUCUCACCUCAACAGAUAUGGCAUCUUGUCAACUCAACACGGACCCUCUGGCCACAGAAGCCGACAUCGCAGCGGUUGAUGAACAACUUGCGGAAAUUGAACACUAGUUUGGGAUGAGGGAAAGUAAACAACUCGCCGCCGAUUCCGGGGACAAGGAUAUCGCGUGGAUAGUUUUUGAGCAAGAGAUAAAAGUCAUGAGGACAACAUUGAUGGGGUUGAAAAUUGCACGCAGUACAACCUCAGCCGUCAGUCAAGACGGUCUGCUGAUUACACUAUUGCAAGCUGAAGAAGCGCAGGCUAGCAGUAAUCGACUUCUCACUCAACGAGCUAGUCGAGGUGAGCUUGUCCCCUCAUCACGACGUACUGCCUCGGUUUCCUCGGUCAUUCUUAAAAGAGACCUCGAAAUCAGUACGCGAGUUUCAUCAGAUCAAGAUAAGCUUGAGCGACAGCAGCAAAAUGACGCCUUUCAUCACUCGACCGCACCUAUCUUGACCCAGCACCAAGAGGAAGCAAUGCGGGGGUUUGAAUGCGAUGCAAGUUGUACCGCCUGCUACGAAAUAUUCUCUCUGGGCGAUCUGGCUCCUCUGAACUGCACAUACCUCUACUGUGAUGACUGCCUCAGGAACCUGUUUCUUCAAGCCACAAAAGAUCCCUCGCUUUUCCCUCCACGAUGCUGUCGUCAACCAAUUGCUCUUCUAAGUAUAGAAUAUCUAGUGCUGCAAGAAGAAGUUCAGGACUUUUGUGAGGCGGAAAUUGAAUUCACAACCGUUAAUCGUAUAUACUGCAGUAGCCUCGAGUGCGGAAAGUUCAUCCCACCAGUCCAGAUAACCUCUGACCAGGCACACUGCCUUGCCUGCGACGUACUAAACUACUCUACAUAUAAGAAUUUGUUCUAUCAGGGUGAAGACUGUCCAGAAGAUAUAGCAUCAGAAGCUAAAUUAAAUCUAGCCAGAAGCGAAGGAUGGCAAUGUUGCUUCUUCUGUAGGGCUAUCAUACAACUCAGCAUAGGCAGCCACCAUACAACAUAA